AUGGGGAAGUAUUGGAAAAUUCCCUGCACCCAAGCAGAGGAACACAGGACCUUGAGUGAACAACAGAGAAGAAAUGUGUUUGCUUCCUGUAUCUUCUGUGUAGUGAAGGGCAUCACCACUCACCAGUUGACAAAGCCGGACAGAAGUCAAAAUGGACAACCCCUGACAUUGAGUGAAUUGCCUGCGCUGAGCCCUUUUGAGCUCUCCACCUCCGUGGCUGAUCUUUUCUGCCCUGCUGAAUCUCCUCUCAGAUUCCUGGACCCCCCUCUUUCUGAGGUAUCUUCACCCUCAGCAAUCCUCCUGAAAGAUGCUCAUCCUGAUUGCAGCACUAUUCACAAUAGCAAACAUGUGGAACCAACCCAGAUUCCCAUCAAUGAUAGACUGGAUAAAGAAAAUGUGGCACAUAUACACCAUGGAAUACUACGCAACCAUAAAAAGGGUGGCCAAAUGUCCAGGAUGAGCAUUCUGUGGAAACAGAAGACGAAAAUACAAAUAUGUCCAGGAAAAUGCUGCCAGCGGCACAAUAUCUACUGCAUUUUUCUUUCAGGGCUAAGGAAUUGGGUUACUUUGUGCCCCGCCUCUGCCCGCAGGGAAGACCAUUCCUGGAUUUACCCUUCCAGGGAGCAAUAGAAGCGGAUCCGGCAUAAAGUGGGGGACACGACUCCCCUUACACUCCCAGCACAUCUCCUGGGCUGAGGCCAUCUCAAAUUGGAAGACCAGCUUUCCAAAGCAAGUCUCCUCCACAUCAUGAAGGAGAAAAAGAUGAAACAUUUGAUGCCCUGAUGGUAAUAGGAUCAUAGAUUCAAAAACAUGAGGGAGGUGGGGCUGGACAAAGUCUUUAGGAGACUGCUGAAUUGUUGACUUUAUUCCAAGUCAGGAUCCCGAGUAAUCACUGAGCCUCAGUAUAAUUAUAUGCACAUG